AUGGGAAGACGGUGCGUUCUCUCCUGGAAGCAGCCACGUGGAUUUAUGCGUCCGUCCACAAUAUCCCCUGGGGAUUUGCUCCUUGAAGAGGUUGAUGAGACUCUUCUGCAGGAGCUGCAAGAUGCACACUCAUCAGCGGCUUGCGAAGGUUUCGUAUUUCACGAGGAACAGUACACCAAUCAUCGAGAGGUGUGGGCCUAUCAUGACUACUUGCCUAUGGAGUUGGCAAAGCUGCCUGCCUCUUCGGUUGAGGUCUUUUCUCAACCUCGUCGUACACGUAAAGAACGGGCGAACACCAUGGCAAGAGAGCUCAGCUCUCCGGAUGACCGGCGCCUGCGUUUGCUGUGUCUAACGUGGAAUGUGGGCGCCACUCGGCCACUCUCCUCAGAAUCUCUUGAGGCAGUGCUGGAUGAGGAGCCCUCGCCAGAUCUCUGCAUCAUUGGCUUCCAGGAGACGUGUCAACUUUCUGCACGGCGGCUACUGGCUGAUGGGACUGAAUGGGAGCAGUGGCAGAAGUGGGCCGAAAAAAGUGUCAAGGACGCCUACGAAGGAGAGCUGCAACUCUUGGAGUCAGUGCAUCUUGUGGGUUUGCUCAUCUUGGUCUUCGUGCGCAGCAGCUUUGCGCCCUUGGUGGAAAACACCCGAUGCACCAGUUUGGGCAUUGGAGUUGGAGGCUAUGGUGGCAAUAAGGGUGCUGUCGCCGUUCGCUUUGAGCUGGGUCGCUCUUCAUUCUGCUUUGUCAAUGUUCACUUGGCAGCUGGUCAGGAGAACUACAUUGCCAGAUGUCAGAACUACAGCACCAUCCUGAACAAGCUCCGUUUCGAUGAUGAGUUGGUUCAUUCUGAGGAUGUGGUUCGGAGCUACACAGAUCUUGGAGAGGCCAGUAUCAAGGACGUUCGAGCAGAUGAGGGAAUGAGGCGUGUUGCUGCUCGACUGCGAGCUCAGCUAGCACGGGUGCGGAGUGGACAGGCGGCCCCGGCACCCACAUCCACAGAGGAGGCACCUGAAGCCAGGUCAAACAGUGUUGGAGGUUUGGAAGCUGGGUCAGCGCAGUCUACUCGUUCGGGCACACGAAUUCUAGAUCAUGACCAUGUGGUGUGGCUGGGUGACACCAAUUCGCGCUUACAUUGGCCGGGACAUCUUGGUGGAAUGCCGCUUCAACAGGCUCGGCAGAAGGUGCAGCAGCGGCGCUUUGGUGAACUCUUGGCCCUGGAUCAGUUGACGCUCAUGCGUCGGGACCGCAUGGCUUUCCAUGAUUUCGAGGAGCAUCCUAUAUGUUUUGUCCCCUCCUACAAGUGGCAUCCGGGAACAGAUGCCUACGACAUGCGAUCUCAGAAGCACGUCCCUGCUUGGACUGAUCGCAUCCUCUUUCGCUCCAAGACCAGGUCAGACCAUCGCUUGGUUUUUGCUUCGCUCCGUGCUCCGUGCGAUGAUCAGAUCUCAGGCAAGCGGCGGCAGCGUCCCACAGCAUUUGGCCAGGCCACCAGCUUGGAGAUUGAGCCUCAAGAGGUCUCCUUCAAGGCUGCAAAGCCCGAUGUGUCGAUGCACCACACAGCAAAGUUGAUCUUAAAAUGUUCCAGUGGACUCUUGCGGCAGCGCUUUGAGGUCUUCUUCGAGACUAGCUUGGGGGACACUUUGCCGCUUGUAGGCCUGUACCAAUCUCAGGCUGAAGCUGAUGAUGAUGAGGAGGAUGGCUUGCCAUCACUAGCCCGAUGGCUGCGCGUGAGCCCUCCACGAGGUGUGGUCCGCACCUCCCGGCCCAUGGAACUCAGCAUCAACCUGUGCGUCACUGGCCCUGUCCUGGUCAGGUGUGAACAGGAGCUGAAGAUUCUGGUGCGAGUGGGUGAUGAUGUUCCUGAGAGAUGUAUGGACGUCAGGAUGCGUAUUCGGGCUCAACUUGAGCCCUCCGUCAUGAGAGCACCUCUGGAAGAGCUCCUGAAGUUGGGCCGAAAGCCGCUGCUGGGCGAGGACAGCCGUGUUGCAGGACAGGCUGGACCGUUGCUACCGCCAAAAGAGAUGAUGUCAGUGAUGCAAUGGGUGCUGAUCCAAAGCCGCGACAUGGCCCCAGGCAGCCUGGUGUGGUGGUUUGAUCCGCUGAAGGAGCAUUCUUCAAGGACGGACACGGAGCUGCGUGAGCUGCAACGAUACGUCGAACACGGAUGGACCUUCCCGCGAGAUACCAUGCAACUGUCGCCCCUUUCGGGUACACUCUUCUUGCUGAAGUGCCUGGAGGUUUUGCCAGAGCCCUUGUUGCCAAGCAUCCUGGUGAAGGAUGCCGGAGAUGCUAAGAAGGUGUCAUCCACCUUGCGGAGUUUGCCAGAGCUGCCACGGGUGGUGUUGCUGACUGUUUUGGCCUUCUUCACACAGUUGGCACUACGCCAUGGAGGACGCAUGGACUUCACAGCUCGCUUCGUUAGCUCGCUAAUGCAGGCAGAGCCAGCACCAGAGUCGGCAGUGCAGCUCAUCAGCACACUCGCUGAAGAAGUCAAGGCGGAGAGGCGAUUUCCGCCACUGGAGACGAUUCGAAGGUACUCCAACUGA